GAAAAAUUUGUGAGUAAACUUCAGUCGCAAUUUUUAACGUUGCACGAACGACAACAUUCGAACACAUUCUACUCAAACCUGUUAGCGAUGGCGUUAAAAGUUCAAGUUGGACAAAAAAUAAUGAACGAGGUGAUUCAUUUCAAGGGGAAAUCACCCGCAAUGAAACCUGGCCCGAAAGAAUGGCGCAUUUUGAUUGUCGACAAACUGGCAAUGCGAAUGAUAUCAGCUUGCUGUAAAAUGCACGACAUUACUGCAGAGGGAAUACCAUUGGUUGAAGAUUUGCAAAAGCGUCGUGAGCCAUUGGCAGCCAUGGAAGCAAUAUACUUGAUGACACCGACCGAAGAGUCGAUUCGAAUAUUAAUCCAUGAUUUCGAGCAGUCAAAUCAUCCGAUGUAUAAAGCCGCUCAUGUCUACUUCUCUGAAGUUUGUCCCGAGGAAUUGUUUAAUGAUUUGUGUAAAUCGACUGCCGCUAAAAAGAUUAAGACUCUCAAGGAAAUCAACGUCGCAUUUUUACCAUACGAAAGCCAGGUAUUCUCACUGGACUCUCCUGAUACAUUCCAAAUUUUGUACUCGCCAAGCUUGGCAUUGGCUCGAAUCGCACAUAUGGAACGCAUCGCUGAACAAGUUGCCACACUAUGUGCCACUUUGGGUGAAUACCCGUCAGUGCGCUAUAGAAGUGCUUGCGAUCGUAACGUUGAAUUGGCUCAGUUGAUUCAACAAAAAUUAGAUGCUUAUAAAGCUGAUGAACCGACAAUUGGCGAAGGAGUUGAAAAAGCCAGAUCACAAUUAUUGAUUCUCGACCGUGGAUUCGAUUGUGUUACGCCAAUUUUACAUGAGCUUACCUUGCAAGCGAUGGCAUAUGACUUACUUCCUAUCACAAAUGAUGUUUACAAGUACAUUCCGACUCCAAAUGCCAAUGAAAAAGAAGUAUUGCUCGAUGAAAAUGACGAAUUGUGGGUUGAGUUACGUCAUCAACACAUUGCCGUUGUAUCAACACUUGUCACACAGAAUUUGAAGAGAUUCACCGAAUCGAAGCGUAUGAGUCAAAGUGACAAGCAAUCCAUGCGAGACUUGUCGCUCAUGAUUAAAAAGAUGCCACAAUAUCAAAAGGAAUUGUCCAAAUAUUCGACACAUUUGCAUUUAGCCGAAGACUGUAUGAAAGUUUAUCAGGGUUAUGUGGACAAUUUAUGUCGUGUUGAACAGGACUUGGCCAUGGGUACAGACGCUGAAGGGGAAAAAGUCAAAGACCACAUGCGAAAUAUUCUACCAAUCAUACUAGACAGCAACAUAUCCAGCUAUGAUAAAAUCCGUAUAAUUGCUUUGUACGUGAUGACAAAGAAUGGAAUUUCUGAUGAAAAUCUCAACAAAAUGUUCACCCAUGCACAAAUCAACUUGCGCGACCAAGAUAUGGUCCGGAAUCUAAGCUACUUGGGAAUAAACGUUGUCACUGAUGGAAAUCGCAAGAAGCCAUAUCAAAUUCCACGGAAGAAUCGUGUUACUGAACAAACAUACCAGAUGUCACGUUGGACACCGAUGAUGAAAGACAUCGUCGAAGACUGCAUAGAUGAUAAGUUGGAUAGUCGUCACUUCCCAUUUUUAGCUGGACGUGCUCAAAGCGCUACGUACCAUGCACCAACCAGCGCUCGCUACGGUCACUGGCACAAGGACAAGGCACAAACUACCGUAAAAAACGUACCACGAUUGAUCGUGUUCAUCGUGGGCGGUAUCAGCUAUUCGGAGAUGCGUUGUGCAUAUGAAGUGACUGCUGCAAAGGCUGGCUGGGAAGUGAUUGUUGGUUCAUCGCAUAUUCUAACGCCAGAAGGAUUUUUAGGUGAUUUAGCAUCACUAUCGAAAGACGACUAAAUUGAAACAAUGUGCCAAAAUGCAAAAAUUCAACAUAUAGCCAAAUGCUAUUUGAAAUCUGCACAAAUCAAAGUAUACAAAAUCAUCUUGUUGGAAACUAAAUGAACAAAUUUAUCAUCACAAAACUAAAACUGGCUGAUUUGCCAAGCAAAAUCCCAAAGCAUUAAACAUAAUCCCCAAUAUAUUGUGUGUAGAGUAAUAUAUUUGUGUUCUUCCUUUGCAAUUUAUGCGACUUUGAGCGCUUCGUCUCUAUUCAUCGUUUCUUUUACCCAUUUGUUCAUUCACACUAAAUGGAACAAUUUUGAUUGUAAUCAAUUAUUAUUGAAAGUUAGUCCCGAAAAAUAGCGUAUUUAUUUGUGAAUAACAUGAAUUUAUGUAUGAUUUAACUUGAGUCACCCCUUAGAGAACUUUUUUCAACAGCUACAUUCCCUGAGGUAAAUAUUUGGUUCAAAUUUGUUGAUGAGAAUUGAUUCAAGUUUGUUUAUUUCGUCGUUUUGAUUCGACGACAGUGAAGGAAGAAAAACUAAGGCAGCACGAACAAUUCGAUUUGGAUCAAAACCAUUCCAUCGAAACCAGAAAAAAGAUCUCCUUCCUUAAUAUAUAAGACUUAAAUACUUGUAACAAUUAUUUGAUUGGAAGUAGCAUCAUCUGUGUUCAGCGUUAGCACAUCUUCACUUUCAUCAUACAUACAUUCAGCCAUAACCAUUGAUCCAUCUACAAAUGUGAAAUGAUGAAUCACCAUCAUCUUUGUACCCGUGUAACAUUUUAAAUUUUAAGAAAUGUGAAAAGUGUCAACAUCAUUUCCUUUCACAAAAGCUUAGUGGGAGAUGUCGAAACAGCACACAGAUUUUUAACAUGGCUGACAAAGUCCUAAGAUAAGCCAGAAUGUUCUAUUUUACAGCUCAUUUGAGAGCAUUUGAAGAAGACUUAAUUGUGGUGCCAAAUUUACAAAGAAGAGAUUUUUUUUUAUUAAACAUUCUAUCUACCUCAUUGUGUCUAAUCGACAGUACAAAUUGGAACCAAAUGAUGGAUUUGAAAAAUCUCAAUUAGGUUUCUAUUAAGGGUAUUAUUUUUUUGAUCAGUCAAACCGACGACAAUGAUGACAACUGCAUCAAUGGGCACUGUAAAACUGUUUAGUUAUUUAAGGAGAAUGUGAUAAAAUCACUUUGGAAAACAGAAAAAAAAAACAAAACAAAUCUAUAUACAUAUUGUAUUUUUAAGUGUGUACGUGUUCAACAGCAACAAACUGAAACAACUAUUUAAAUGUAACAUUUUCUAUUUGAAAGGAAAACAAAACUGAUAUAUCAAUGUUCUUGAUUUGAAAUACUUUUAUCUGACAAAGUCGACUACUGAAGAGAAGAAGACAGACGCCGAUUUUGAAUUGUAGUUCUGAAGUUUGAAAUAAUUUAUUUGUGUAGCUUUAGUGAGUGAGAAGUUGAACAAGGGAACGCCAAAAUCGGUUUGCCUUCUCUUUAUAACAAGUUCAAGUCCAAUUUAGCAGAUUGUAGAUGCCUGACUGUAUUUGAGGAACCGUAUCAUAGACUAAAUUCAAAACUGAACCGGUGAAAUAUUACCAUUCUACCAUCAAAUAUCAUAUCUAUGUUCAAACAUCUAUUUCUGUAAUACUUUGUGAAACAAAACCAAAACAUGUGUAUUUGAACAAAUAAAAUGAAUAAAUAAAAUGUAUGUUUAUUGAUAUACAGA